AUGGAACAAUUAAGGGAAUCUAAAAAGCUUGAAGCUCGCGUUGAUUUUAAUUCAAAUGUUGAUGUUUCCGUAAUGGAAACGACUUCGACAGAUGAAAAAGACGACGAGGAGGAGGAUGAAGAAAAGGAGGAAAAUAUGAUUGUCGAAAAGUCCCAUAACAAUCGAUUCAUUAAACGAAAUAAGCGUUUACCGACCCAAAUUAGUGGUGUCGACAAUACCUUUAUUGCCAUUGAGCCAAAAUCGGGAAAGGAGAUUUUAUGGCAUGAACGAAUAUUAUCAGAAAAUAAAAAUGAGCGUGAAGGCCGCUUUCUUACAAUUGCCAAAAAGCUUAAGAGGCAGUCACAUCCUUUUCUUAUUUGGCGUCGGCAUGUUGGUCAGUUGCUUUCUGUUCUUAAUUAUCUCCAUCGUCUUGGUAUUACACAUGGAAAUCUGAAAAAAGAGGAUAUAUACUAUCAAAGCUCAGGAAUUCUCAAAGUCGGACCAUUCAUGCUUGAUACUUUCUUCGGUCAAAAAACUCACCCCUCUGAUAUCUAUGCAUUUGGUAUUUUGGCUCUUGAAAUUGCGGUGUGGACCCUAGCCAUAGACAGUCAGGCGAGUACAGAGGAGGAGAAGGUGAAGUUGAUGCUCUCACAAUUGACUGAUCCCCAACAGCGCAGUUUCAUCGAGGCUUGCAUUGAUCCAAAUCCCACCAAUCGGCCCAAGAUAAAAGCCCUCCUCAAUCACCCCGCAGUUACCGAGGUACCCUCACUCAGACUCCUUUCUGCCAAAGUCGUCGUCUCAUCCCUGAAACCUCAGCCACCUCAGGAAGAGCCCGCAACAAAUACCAGUGCCAAUGCAACUGAAGGUGCUGCCAACACUAUUACCGCAUCAGGCAAGACCGAGAACCUAAGCGUUUUUGUCCAGUUAAUGGAUGACUUUGUGGGUCACUUGGAGGAUGACACAGCUAUCGUGGAAAUCGUUAUUCCCGCAGAACAGGUCACUAAAGUUCGCGUCUGGAAGGAUUUUCGGACCAUGUUUAGCUCCAUCCCCAAAUACCUCGAUGAUGUCAAGUAA